CAGUAGUCGAGGCGCACGGACUGCGCGCACCGCGUUUGGGGAUUGAGUUCUUCCAACAAGACCGCACCAAAAAAAAAAAAUGGCUUUAUCGGGAGUGAUGCUUCCUUCUUUCGCCACAUUCACCAAUCAAAGGGAGAAAAGCUGGGAAAACAAGUGGAAAGCAGAAAACGACAGCAAGCUUCCCAGCGGCAGCUGCUCCAUGCUGGAGAUGAUGCACGGCGUCGACAACCUGUUUCCAAAGAAGGACGACGAGGAUCUGAGCAACUACUUGGAUCUGGAUUUUAUACUCGACGGAGCCUCGGCCUACGUGGCCCCGGCCGACGCGGGCGCGUACGCCGCGACGGACGCCGCCGCCGCCGCGCCGGGAGGCUUCCCCGCGGGCGAGCAUCGCUCUCCCCCGCCCCCGUACGGCGCCAGCCUCGUGGCCGAGCUCCUGCGCUCCGACGCCGGCUACGGAGUGACGCGCGGCCCUCAGCAAGCGGUGCAGGGCAGGUUUUACGCCACGCACUUCCCACGCCAGGACAUCAAAGUCGAGCCCCCCAUGGACAGUUAUGGCCCCGUGUUGGGCAUGGUGCCCCAAAGCUGCAGCAAAAUCAAGCAGGAGGGCAACGUUUCGUGCAUGAUGCCCUUCGAGCAGCCGCGCUUGGCCAUCUCCCCGCGGGCCGCCAGCAGCAGCAUGACGCCGCCGCUCAGCCCGGACGAGCAGGCGGCGGCUUCGGACUUGUGCGGGCCGCCUAUGAGCUGCUUCGCGGGCCACAAGUACCACAACAACGCCUCCUUCCAGCAGCAGCAGCAGCAACACAUGCGCAUGGCCUACCACGGCGCGCACCACCCGGCGUUCGGGGUCUACGACGACGCCUUGGCUUUGCAGCACCCGCCGCCCGGCGCGCAGAGGGCGAUGCUGACGCCGCCCUCCUCGCCGCUGGAGCUGCUCGAGUCCAAGCCCAAGCGCGGGCGCCGCACUUGGCCGCGCAAGCGCACCGCCACGCACACCUGCACCUUCGCCGGAUGCGGAAAGACGUACACAAAGAGCUCUCACCUAAAGGCUCACCUGCGAACGCAUACGGGUGAGAAGCCGUACCACUGCAGUUGGGAAGGCUGCGGCUGGAAGUUCGCCCGCUCGGACGAGCUGACGCGACACUUCCGGAAACAUACCGGACACAGGCCCUUCCAGUGUCACCUGUGCGAGCGAGCGUUCUCCAGGUCUGACCACCUCGCGCUGCACAUGAAGAGACACAUGUAAAAAAAAAAAAAAAAGCCCGGACAACAACAAGAGACAUUGUGAUGUUCUUUUUUUUGUUGUUUUUUUUUUUAUUUAAAGUGUUCUCCACGUGACCAAAGUCCCCCCACCUCCUUUAAUCUAUCUAAAUAUUUUCCGAUCAUGUAGCUGGUACUACUUUGGUUCUAUAAGAACAGACCAGUAAAGGGGCUGGCCCUUGUACAGCGUAUACUUAAAACUGUAAUGUCUUUGACACAAAAGUGCCUUUCGAUGACUCUGCUACUGUUUAAACAAAAUAACUCAUGGUGACAACGACCACCACUUAGAAGACAAUCAUGUUGACAAGAGUGAAAUGCACACAGAGUGUAUAGACAAUGUUUUUCUCCAAAGAAAACUGCCUCCAAGGAUAAAUUGAGCAGCUGUCCCCCCCAUGCUGUUUUUGUUUUUUCCCCCCCCUCCCCCUCUUGAAUCCAGCCCCUUCUGUACACUAUCAGGGCUGGACAUCCUGUGCAUUAUUUUCUACUUAAAGUUAUAUAAAUAUGUACAUGGAUUUUAUACUGUCAAGUGUGUAUUUAUUGUAAAUAUUAAAAAAAAAACAUUGAAACCAAA